AUGGCCGAAGACAAGAAGUCCCGCGCCUGCCACUACCUCCAGCCCCAGGAGUGGUGGUUCGCCGAUAAAACCCCGAUCGAGUCCGUCUUCCUCAUGAUGUCCAGUGCAGAAACGAUGAAGUGGAAGAGCGCCGGCUGGACGCGCUACUCCAAGUACUCCAAGGCCAAGACCAUCGGCGAGGCCUUCGAGUUAGGCGCGACGAGGGCCGACAUCAAGUACCAGGUCGAGCGCGGUAACAUGAGACUCAAGGCCCCCAAUAAAGCCACCCAAAAGAAAUAUGAAGCGGAUCUAGAGAAGAAGGCCGGCGGCGACGACGGCUGGCGCGAGGCUCGUAUUGCUCACAAAGGUGACCUCAAAACUCUAGAAAAUAGCCCGGAGUACCACGUUUCUAGAGGUUCCAUCGUCGAGAACCUCGGCAAGGUCCACGCCGACGCGGGGUUGCGAGGUCUGCGAAGAGCCACACCGGCCAUGCCCUGCUUCACGCUGGUCAAUGCGGCGGGCGACACCAUCCACUCGACCUCCCACGAAGGCCAUGAACAACUAGUAGCGACGUGGUGCCUCUCGGCGAGCGACUGCGUGUUAGAAAUUGGGGGCGGCAUCGGCGCCGCGAGCACCAUGAUCCAGAAGAUCAUUUCCGAUAAAAAGGGCCAUGUGGUGGUGGAACCCCAGCCGAAGAUGUGCGAGACACUUGAAAGGAACAAAACGUUGCAAGGGAGUGGCUUCUUCGUCGCCAAGGGGGCGCUGGCGAAGGGCAACGUCUACGCGGCCAAAAAAGCCGCCCUCGACGGCCCCGACACGAUGACGCAGCGCCAGUGGAUGUUCCACAAGACCAGUCGUAAACAGACGGCGUCUACUUCAUUGGUGAAGAGCUGGGACCUCAAGACGCUGCGGGAGAAGGUCGCGCCGCGCAAGUUCACCGCAGUAGUUGUGGACUGCGAGGGGGCCUUCCCCGACGUCGUUGAUGAUUUUCCGGACAUCUUUGACGGGAUUCGCGUCGUCUAUCUGGAGCGAGACGGCGAGUCCGGUACCGAUUAUUCUAGGGUGGACGCUGCGUUGGAGAAGGCUAAUCUUGCGCUGGUGUUGGCCGCCUCCAAACAUCGCGUUUAUGUGAAGGCUACGGCUGCUGACUUGAAGAAGCGCGACGCCGAGAAAUCUAGAAGACUGAACAAUCGCGUCGACGCGAAGACGGCGGCCUCCUAUAGAGGUGAGAGAGCUUCAUCGUCGAAGAAGAAGGUCGAGGCGAACGUCGGCCGCCGCCUGAAGGUCUGGUGGCCGAAAGAUAGCGCGUGGUAUGCUGGUACCAUUACGGCUUUUAAUGGCCGGACGAAGCACACUAUUACCUAUGAUGAUGGGGAGACCGAGGUCCUGAACUUAUCGAAGGAGACCACUAGGUUCUUACCGAAGAAGCGCGAACUUGCAGAGUCGGAUGGGGAAGAGGAGGUCAUUACUCAGAAGCCGCGGACGGCGCGGCAGGUGGCGCUGGCGACGAAGUAGGGGGGGCGCUCCCUUCUCCCUGGCUGUGUAACAACGACAACUUAG